CACCAGAAAAUGUCAAAUCAAAGUCUAAAAAUCAACCAACUACUCCAACCAAUACAUCAACAUCUACUAGUUCACAUAUUUCAAAACGGUUAAAAACUAUACCAAUUCAUUAUUUUAUGGAUCAUUUAAGUGAAGAAGAACAAGAAUUUCUUGAAUUUAUGUUAGCUCAGGCUUUGUUUGCUACAGGAGUACCAUUUGCUUUUCUUGAAAAUCCUUAUAUAGUAAAAUUUUUUCAAUGUAUUCACCCUGCAUUUAAAUUACCAUAUCAGAAAAAACUUGCAGAUAAAUUAUUAGAUAAGGUUAAUGAUGAUAUUAAAGAAAAAUCUAAUAAACAAAUUUUAGAAGCACGCA